AUGCUUUCUACUCGCGAAUUUGCUAAGAAACAUGAUGCCUUGGUCUUAACAGAUUUUAACGACUGUUCUAUGAAUGUGCAAUUAACGCCUGAGGAUGAACCACUACUGAUGCAGGAUAAAGAGGACGAUGAGGACAAGCAAAAGAAAACUGAGAUGGCCAAGAAGUUGGCGAUCGCGUCUGCCCCUGCAACUAAAGUGUUGUUCCUUGACGGCAUACGCGGUCUAGCCGCCAUGUUAGUUAUUUCAAAGCAUACAGGCGAGUACAUGGACGACAUAGAUUUUGGUAAGAUUGCGGUGGACGUAUUCUUCGUCUUGUCGUCGUUUCUACUCACGUGGAUCUUUAUGAAAAAGAGCUUUCGAAUGCUCAAUCAAGGCGCAGGAAUUCGGACGUGGGUCUUUGCCCUGGCCGAUUAUUUUUCUAGACGUUUCUUUCGAGUGUAUCCAUUGUUUGCAACUAUAUGCGUUACGCUGUGGUUCAUGGAUGAUGAGGUGAAGCUACGCUACUUCCUUAUAACGAAGCCAGAGACUUACAGUCUUUUUAAAACGCUCACGUUCGAUGUUCAAUCCCGCUACUUCGUCUUCUGGACACUUCCUCUUGAGAUCGCGUACUACUUCAUCAUUCCAGUUUUUGUGCUAGGGACACUUUUACUACGAAAGUUUUGGUGGGUGCCCUUUAUUCCUGCGUACUUUUGGGUUGUUAUUGAAGGAUGCAACGAGAUGCGCACGGACCACCAAGAGAUGCGUAUUCACCUUCCGACGUUCGUGGCGGGGUCGAUGGCUGCAGUGCUUUAUUUCAAAUUGGACACGUGGAUCAAGGCCAACAACUUCUAUUACCGUUUCAUUCACAAACUCAUUCUUCGUACGAUUGAAUACUUGGCAUUGGCUGUGUUCCUCAGUCUUGCCUUCGUUGGUCUGUUCUUCAUUUGGGUGCACGAAAACCCGGUGAAGCAAACCGAGGGAGCUCCUUUUGUUAGUGUGCUUAUGACUAUAGUGCUCGUGUGUGAGAUGCUCCUUCCGUCGCCGCUGUCAUUGAUGCUUGAGUGGAGUUUCUUGCGUUACUGGGGCAAGAUCAGUUUUUCUGCUUAUUUGCUACAAGGUUUGGUUAUUUAUAAUGGGCGUGUCACGUCUCAGCCAAACUACUACUGUCGGUUGUUUUCCCGAUAUGGGUUAAUCUGUAUGCUGGCGACGGCUUCGUACCACUUGAUCGAGCAUCCGUCUCAGUUACUGGCUCAGCGCAUCACCAAGGCUCUUAAUGAACAGGAGGCCAAGGGAUCGGGUGGUCUAACUGUAUUGUUGGGGAAAUGGGCAAACCCGUUAAGGGUGCUAGCUGAUGGAUGGAUAGCUGUGCAGAAAGCAAGGGCAUCUGGCGAGUGUAUCUAA